UUUUUUUUUGGGGGGGGGGGGGUCUAGAAUGCUAGUGAUAGACACUUUUAAAAUAUUCAAAUUGCAUUAAAAGAAUAGCCACUAGGAUAGAGCCAAUCAGCAUGGCUAAAAAGAUACAUGGGGUCUGUGACCAACUGAACGUGAUACAGCUUCAAGAUGCUGGCAUCUGCCAUGAAGAGAUCAUUUGAAACCCACACUUGAUUAGGACCCCCAGUAAUGUGACAUGGGGAGGGGGAAAGGUACAUUCAUAGAAAGUGAAGAAAGUAGGUCUGAUGGUUGAGGUGUAUUAGUCUGGGAUUCAGGAGAUGCAAGUUCAGUUUCUAUAUCUGUCAAUCUCAUUUGGCAUCAGGUAACUUCCAUUUCCCUUUUCUGGGCCUCAGUUCUCCCAUUCUUAUCAAUUAAAGGCUUCCAUUUGCUGCAUUGUUCUUGCAAACUGUAAUGCAAGGUUUUUGGAGUGGGGGGGGAGUUUGUUUGGUUGUUUUUUCCCCCAUACCUUCAUCCAGCUCUAUUCUACAUGCAGAAGUAUCUAGCUCAAGUUAUCUGGUACUUUAAACUGGAGCCAGCUGGUCUGUUGUGGGGAUAUGGUUUGAAAUUCCAACGCAGCGGACGGUCAAGCUGGCUAACGUCAUGGGUACACAGCAACUUGAACUACUAUAGUUUAUCCACCACUAGUCCAAUGUCUCUGCUAGUCUGCUUCCCCUGUGGCCACAUCUACACAAGCUUGCUCAAGAUGCAGAGCCUUGAAGCAAAAGCCUGGAUAUAAAUAUCUUGCGGCAAACAGCCAUCCUGAGAAGAAACUUUCUUGAUCUGGAAAUUACCCAUUACAUUCGGCCAAACUAUGUUGGUGCAGACCCUUUUGGCAGCCUGGAGACACGCCGGAUCCUGGUGACAGCAAUGUAAACUUGAAUUCAGCAGAAUCUCAGAAGUCCUGUAAAAUGGAGGAACUGUAUAAGGACACACAAAACCUGCCCAUGGAUGUUACCAGCAAUCCUUCCACAAUAGCCAACAAUAAACUAGAAAAUGGAGUCGCUCAGCUGAUAACAGCUGAAGCCUGGAACAUCAACUCAACAGACUUGAUGAAGAAAGCACUUUCUCCACUUGUGACUGUCCCAGCCCCUUCCAUCCUCACCCCACCUGCCGAGUCCCAAAGUGGGGUCGCUCUUAAAGUAGCAGCCACAGUGCUCCAGCCAAUUUGUUUAGGGGACAGCCCUGUGGUUCUGCCAAUACACUUGCAAGUAGCAGGGAGUACCACCCCUCAGAUUACUCCCAGCAACAAUACUCCCUACGUUAUGACAACUCAAGGUCCGGUUCCACUACCUGUCCUCUUAGAGCAACAUGUGUUUCAGCAUUUAAAUUCUCCAUUGGUAUUACCUCAGGGUGCUCCCUGUGCUACAAAUCCCAUUCACAACAAUAUUUUCCAGGGUUCUUCCACCCCUGUUGCACAACCCCAGCUACUGGAUCAGAAACCAUCUAGCCAGACCCAGGAGCCUGUCCUACCCCCAGUGUUUCAGACACCGGGGUUUGCAGCAGUCCUUCAGGAUUUGUUUCCUUCCCAGGGCACCUUAGGCUCUACUCCCUGUCAGCCACCUCCCGAUUACUCUUCUCUCCCACCCCAGGCUUUUAGUUCCCCUCUGUCUCCAUUAGUACCUCCUGCCACCCUUCUGGUACCAUACCCCGUGAUUGUUCCUCUGCCUGUCCCAGUCCCCAUUCCUAUCCCUGUCCCGAUUCCCGUGCCUCACAGUCCUGAAUCCAAGGUCAACCCGGACUACCCCAAGACGCCAUCGUUCACUCCACAUUCCUGCAAAGGCACCCAAACCCCUCUGGAGAAGGAGGAGUCAAAACCCUUUGACUUCAUCCCCACAAGGGAAUUUUCCCAACUUAAUCGCCACACUGUCAUCAAGAUGAGCAAUGAGAAUGAAGCCCUGGACCUCUCCAUGAAAACGAUGCCCUUGCUAAAGGCAAGUGAAGCCAGUCCUCAGGUCUCACCUGAAGAUGGAGCUUUAGACUUGUCCAUUGCUUCCUGUAGGAAGACGGGCAGUAUGGGGGUCCAGGCUGAAGCAGCUAGUGCCCUUUCCUCUGGCUCCAUAAUGGACAGUGCUGCUCAUGCCAUGGCAGAUAAACUCUCUGGUGUUGCAGCUCCUUUCAUCCCUUCAAAACCACAUGAAACCUCAGCCAAGGUUGACAGCAGAAUCAUCAGUAGCAACUCAUCCGAGCUCCUGAGACAACAGCAAAAGUGGCUGGUGGAUCAGACUAGCAGAACAUCCUGUGAGCCCAAGGCUGGGAAUAAUAUUGAGAUCGUGAGCACUUCACAGACAGCCAAAGUGAUAGUCUCUGUCAAAGAUGCUGUGCCCACUAUUUUCUGUGGCAAGAUAAAAGGCCUCUCGGGAGUAUCCACCAAAAACUUUUCCUUCAAAAGGGACAUGCCACAGGACUCUGUGCUGCAGUGUUAUGAUGUGAAGAAUCAGCCAGAGUCCAGGGAUAAUGCAGAAGCUCUUAGAAAACCUGUCAAAAACAGGAGUGUAAAGUUAAAGAAAAUGAACUCACCGGAAAUACAUAUUCUUCCAAUCAAGAAGCAACGGCUCGCUGCCUUUUUUCCAAGAAAGUAAAUUAUGAGUUUUUAGAAUUUUAAGAUAUAAUAAUUAUUAUUAUGAAAUAAAAUAAAAUAACAUGCACUUGGUUUAAAAUGCAUUUAAAACUUU